UAGAGUUAAGCCCGCAACCGAGGUAACGGAAAAACGAGACAGGGAGCUUGGCAAAGCAUCUUUAUCCACUGGGAAUGAAUUCGGUUCACAACGUCCGCGCAUCAAUCUCCAAACGCAGAGAAGCGAAAAAUAAUACAUGGAUGAAUCCUUUCAAUCCUAACACAGGCUAUCAACAGCGCAGCACUAUACACUGGAUGCACUUUAAUAUACAUCAGGUCUGAUCCAUCAGUUGCAGUCAUGGGUGUGAAGGUUUUGCAGUGCUUUCCUUUUUACCGUCAUGGUAAAGGCCGCGGCAAAGGAAGACUGGGUCCUCCCCCAGCCGUACCAUCUGGGGAGGUGAAGCCGGAGUUCUCCUCAGCCUCCUGGGUGUGUGACACCGAGGGUGGCGGAGUGCGGCAGGUCUACCUCUCCCAGAAGGCCCGGAUCAGCUACCGGCACCAGAUGGAGGGCAACAUCAUCGACACCACCUAUUAGCCCGACUCCCCGACACCCUCCUGCCCACAUAGCAGCCUUCAGCACAGCAGUGCCCAGCAAGCCAUCCUUCCCCUAUCCUUCCCAGCACCCCUCAGUGACUUGGCCCCACUGUCUCUCCAUGAUGGCAGUUCAUCUGAAGGGACUUGCUUAUUUGCACUCCUUAGGAUAGGAACUGUCCAGAUGAUCAGGAAUAGUAACACUAAUUAGCUGUGAAUCUGGGCAGGAAAAAUAAAAACUAACAUUGACGUUGUUGAUGAUGUUUUGGGUACGUCCUGUAGAAAUGGAGAUUUCAAAG